GCAUAGCUUUCGCCCGCCAACUUGCUCGCUACGACUCGUUCGCUCUGGUUGUGCUGGCCGUCUAACAUCUGGGACGACAAUCGGGAUUGUGUUCGAAUCUCGCUCUGAUGUCGUCGUCAAGUGUCUCGCCAUCGCCAACAACCGCAAUCCCCUCCGCUACAGCCACCCCUGCACCCGUAGAGGAAGAAGAGUACUACUCGUCAUGGUCGCUCUUCCUGGUCUGCGGCCUCCUCGUUCUCUCGCUAUGGACGUCCUACUAUCUGCAGAUCAAGAGGAUACGCGCAAUUCACGAAACCCUCGUCGCGAUUAUUGGAGGCAUGAUCGUGGGUUUGGUAGUGCGCCUCGCACCGGGGACUAUGAUUCGGGAAAUGCUGACCUUCAAACACACCCUAUUCUUCAACCUCCUGCUGCCGCCCAUCAUCCUCAACUCAGGCUAUGAACUGAAGCAGGAAAAUUUCUUCCGGAACUUCGGCUCCAUACUGACAUUCGCGUUCCUUGGGACCUUCAUCUCCGCAGUUGGUGUCGGCGUCCUGGUCUACAUCUACUCGUUCCUGGGCCUUGAAAACCUGGAAGUAGGGCUGAUAGAAUGCCUCAUCUUCGGGUCGACACUAUCUGCGACGGACCCAGUUACGAUCCUCGCCAUAUUCAAUCAAUACAAAGUUGACCCAAAGCUGUACACCGUCAUCUUCGGCGAGAGUCUGCUGAACGACGCAGUCAGUAUCGUCAUGUAUGAGACCCUGACGCAAUUCCAUGGCACGGAGAUCUACGUCUCAUCCCUUUUCCACGGCAUCGGCAUCUUCUUGCUGUCGUUCAGUGUCUCGAUGGCGCUUGGCGUCGUCUUCGGCCUCGGAAUGUCGCUCAUCCUGAAGCACUCGUCGCUGAUGCUGUACCCCUCGAUCGAGUCGUGCCUGGUCGCGCUCUCCGCCUACACGUGUUACUUCUUCUCGAACGGCCUGUCCAUGUCCGGCAUUGUGUCGCUGCUGUUCUGCGGAAUCACGCUCAAGCACUAUGCGUACCACACGAUGUCGCGGAGGACGCAACGCGCGACAAAGUACAUCUUCUCGACGCUCGCGCAGCUCUCGGAGAACUUCAUCUUCAUCUACCUCGGGCUGUCGCUCUUCACGAGCCCGCCGUCGUCCGAGAAGGUCACGAACUACGUCAAGCCGAUCUUCAUCACAAUCACGACGGUCGCCGUCGUCUUUACGCGAUACGCAGCGGUGUUCCCGCUGUCGGAGGCGAUCAACCUGUUCCAUCGACACGUCCGUGGGCAGCGCCAAGAGGAGCUCCCGCACUCGUACCAGAUGAUGCUCUUCUGGGCUGGCCUUCGUGGUGCAGUCGGCGUGGCGCUCGCGGCCGGGUUCAAGGGCGACAACGCGCAGACGCUGCGGAUCACCGUUCUCGUCGUCGUGGUGCUUACCGUCGUCGUCUUCGGGGGCACCACAGCUCGGAUGCUCGAGGUGCUGGGAAUCAGGACCGGGGUAGAGGACGACGAAGCCAGCAGUGACGACGAGGAAGACUUCCCGCUCGCUCGGAAUGGUUGGUAUAGCAGGCGCAACUCGCGCUGGAACACCUAUGAGGAGGAAGCCAGCGUCUUUGCGACGCAGCAGGCAGGGGUUGUCCACAGCCCGCGCCUCUACAACCAUCAAAUUCAGAAUACGCCCAUCCCGAACAACAACAUCUUUUCCGCAGCGUCGUCGGACUCGCUCGAUUCGGACGCCGAGGUCCUCCCGCUUGCGACAGCACCGAUGAACGGCCUCUCUUCCCCAGGCGGUCGGCGCAAGCCCCGCGAAGGGCCACCGGUUGCGGGCCCGUCCAAUGGAGUGGUGGCCGAGGAAGGGAAAUGGUUCCAGCAGCUCGACGAGCAGUACCUACUCCCGCUCUUUUCCAACGCAACCGCGAGCCGUGUGUGGCAUGCGCGCAAGGUUCGGCGAACAUCCGGCGUGAGCACGACCUCCGGGACGCGGUUGGGCACGCCUGUCGAGUCCGACGAGGAGGCGGACGACAGACCGGAAGUCGACCUCACCGCCGCGGCGACGCGCGCCGCCAAUGCCGGGGCCGAGCCGGUGCGCAGCCAGUCCGUCGUCGAUAUCGACCAGAGCAGGACGGAGCGUGGGCUGGCGAGCCCGAUGCUUCGACGAGACAGUGAGGGCCAAACCCGCGAUCGGGUGACGUAGAGGGGUUUCAAUUCGUGCGUCGCGCUUGUUCUCCUAUCUUAUUCCUUUGUGUUUUUGUUU